GCCGGUAUUUUCAUUCGAUCUCCUGAGCACGCGGACAGAAUUUUCCGCGCUUAGAGGAGAGCUCCGGUUCGCCAAUGAAUCAAGAGCCGGAUGGCGUACACGGCUAAGGCGAGGAAAGUGUCAAAGUCGAAAAUGGAGGUGUCGGAGCUCGCACCUCGGCGUGAUGAGCGACUCCGAAUUGUGGUUCCGUGGAGUAGUUCAGACGAGUGGAUGGAAAUCCGGCAGAAGAUUCUGGAUAACUCUCAAGAGAGCAUGGGAUUAGCGCUGUCCCGACUGAGGAUCUGGCAACUCAGGUGCGAAGCGAAGAAGUGUCCAGCGUUCGUCGAGGCCACGAUCCAUCUUCUGAGAGCUCUCGUCGCAGACCGCGAGAAUGCUGACACUUCAGAAGUUCUGUCGAUCUACGGCGAGGCGAUAAACAAGUUUGUGCAGAUUAUACUGGAACGCGCGAGUAAAACCGGGGAGAACCUUCAGAACCAGAACAAGAACAUGGCUGAGAGUCUCCAGAUACCGCAGUGGAUCGUUGAUGUGCGAAACGAUGCGAUCCAUCACUUCCGAGGUAGCCUUCCUUUAUAUCGAACCACGGCCAACACUCUGUUCGAUUGGUUGAAACAGAACUACUGGGCCGAGGAGAAGCGAGAAUCCGCCGCGAGCGAAACGCAGAACGUGGCGGUCACCGACGGUCUUUUCCAGGAAUAUAUUCAGCUGGCCCUGAACGCUAAAUCGGCGACCGAAAGGAGCCUCGCUGAAGCCGCUCUGUCGAACUUGAGAGCAACUCUAAGCGCCUCGAGAAUCCAGUCAUUCAUUUCGCACCUCGUAGAGCUGGAGGCGUUGACCAGUGUCGAAAAAAGUCGUUCGACGCAUGAGAUCCCCUCGAACUACAAGAGCGCCUAUUUGCCUAUUUUCGCUCUCCUAGAAGACAAUCUGACAACACUUUUCACGAGCGUGCUCAAGACCUUAUCUCUCCCCGUUGUCGUUUGCUCUGAAGUUGAGGUCGAUAAAUCCAUGCAGACUGUGGUGCAAUGGAUCUCGUGGCUCUCGUCGGGAACUGCGGUCUGGAAAGGUAAAGACCUCGCCACGCGUCUGAACCUGAAGAAAAUCCUGCAGGUGGCGGCAACCGUUGUGUCGCAGUCGACCCCGAGCCUCCUGGAGAUCUGUAUCGAAAAAAUGGAUCCACCGUUGAGCGAAGAGAAGGCAGACUUCGUUCGGAAACUAUUCGUGGCUUUCUCGGGAGAACGCGCGAGAACUUGCGGCGCUGUGAAUGGCUUCGAGAAAAUGACCGUCUGCACCGUGGAGCACGUCGUUGCUGAGAGAGCUAAUCGGGAAAAACUGAAUAAACAACGAUUGCCGUCUACGCCAAGGGUGGACUGGUCGGUUGUACCGCUCGGUUUUCUCCCGGAGAGCGCAGCCGUUGGCGAUCUGUAUUUAGACGUGAACAUAAAAGAGGAUUUCGUGCCGCUCGAUGUGGAAACCGAAGACGAGGCUGUUCUCAAGUACGAGCGCAAAUUCCUGGAGGAAAAGAGUCAGAAUCAAGAGAUUAAACCUUUCAAUGAAGACGUAUACGAGGCCCAAAGGAACGCUCUGGCGGUCGAGCCAUUCAAAUUAUGGAAAAUCCCCAAUACCCAGAUGAUGGUCGACGAUGAGCGAGAUUAUGACGCUUACGGUGUAUCACAGUUGUGA